AUGAGUACUAUUGAAGACUGUGUCAAACAAGAAACCACAUCUUCACAUAGCAGCCCAACUCAAUCAAUGACUUAUUCACAGUCAAUGGACUUUAAUCAAGAGAAACAAACAGAAUUACCGCUUGAUCAAAGAUCAAAAUCGUCAGAACAAUUUAUGCUCCCUCCUAAAAGAGCAAAGACAUCACAAAAUAGAAGGUUUACAAAAUCAGAUCUAUUAUUCUGUAAUAUUAGUAGAUUUGGACGAGAUGGACCAAAAAUUACAAUUGGAACUACACAUUACAGAAUAAAACUUCCAGAUGAUUUUCCAGGACCUGGCCAAUAUUACAUCAAUGAUGCAGAUUCAAGCACAAUUAGAUAUUCAAUUGCACGAUCAGAUCCAAGAACUUAUUACAGAAGCGAAACUGCUAAUGCUGAUUUGCCAAACAUAAGAACAUUCCCAGAACGCAAACCAAUAAACAUUGGAAGACGAACCGGAAGGUCAUUUUACGAGCUACCGGAAACCCCAGCACCUAGUUUCCUUCCUCCAUCAACAUUAGCAUCUAAUAGUCAUAAGAUAUCAUCACGCAGGCCACAAUCCCCUUCAAAUAUACCAGGACCUGGUGAAUACAAUCCAAAUAUGAAUAACCUUGGAAGACAACCAGCAUACUCAAUUCCAACAUAUUGCAUAAGAGAUUCAUGGCUUACUGAUAAAGAGAAAAUGCCAGGACCAGGCACAUAUAACGUAUCGAGAAAUUAUGUUGAACCCCACAGACAUUCUUACUCGUUCGGACAGAAGUCAACCAAAAAUGCUGCAGCAAGACGUUCAUUUGCAUUCGGAACUUAUGUUUUCUCUGUUCCUGAAGAAAUUGAUUUGGAUGAGGCUAAUCAAUAUAUCCACGACCAUCCAGAGUUUAAGAAUUUCGUAAAAGACAUCAUGAAAUGGGUUAUUAGUCAAAAAAUGGCCAAACCACUCAAUGAAAUUAGAAGUAAGUUUUUGGCCGAGAGAAGGGAGUACGAAGCCUCAAGACAGAAGGAUAUGCCAUUCAAACUCCGCGAAUUCAAAGCACUUGUCGCAACAUUAUAA